GCGGCGGCGGCGCUGGGCCGGGGGGAGCAGCGAGGCCGGGAGCGGGGUAGGCUGCGCCCGUACUUAAGCGGGCUGCCCGAGCCGCUGACGUCUUUCGAAUUGGAGACGAGCUGCCCCCCUCCCGUCCCGGGCUCCCGUGGACACGGCCGGGGACCGAGUGUGUACUGUGGAGUGAUUGACUCAAGUUGGCAAGCCAGGCUGUGAGACCUUCUGGGCUGGGGACCCUCAGGGUGCCCCUGGAGAAUUCUCUGGAGAGACUUCCUGGUUUCCGUUGGAUCAUCACAGGAACGGGCAAGACCCUGAGACAGCCAAGGUACAAGUGUCUGUCCAGAAUGUCCAGGCAUGCGCAACUUAGAGACCAUGAUGUAAAUCCAUGUUUAGUGGAAACAGAUGCCUCUAAUAAAUGUAUGGAUGACAACAACUAUAAUAAGGAUAAGUGUACUGCUUAUUUUUUGAAGUACAGAAACUGCAGAAGAUUCUGGCAUGCCGUUAUGAUGCAAAGGAGAAGAAAUGGAGUGAAACCAGAGAUGCCCUCAGCAGAAGAGAGAAAGAAAAUGUUGGAAUCGAUGGGAAAGCCCUACUGACUAGAAACUUGUGUUUCUUGACUGUUUUCACCAUACAUACGAAGAUUUACGAGCAGCAAGUUUACCUUUCGUGAACUGGACUUUACAGUUGCCAUAUCUUGGAUUAAAAUAAGCUCCUAAAUUUGGAAAUGUGUGAGCUUUCUAGGAUAAAACUUACUGUCUUUAUUCAUACUCCCUUUCUUGGGAACCUGGCCCCUCACUGGAAGACAGAGUAUUGACACAAAUUACAUCUAGGUACUUUGGAAGUAGAAACUAACUUGCUCUGAAAUGCUAAAUAUAAAAUUAAUGGGAGUCACAGAAAAUCUCUUUGAAAGGAGAGAGCUGGUGAGUGUUGCUGUGUAGUUCUAAUGAUGGAGCAGGUUAAGAGACUGGUAUGUGCAAUGUGUUUCUGGUAUCCAGCUAUUCUGCCUAGUAGUGCAUAUUUACUGUGUGUGAUCUUACUGCUGUUUUCACAAGUUGUAUUCUGUGUUCCCAGUUUAAUAAGACCAUUCAUGAACUAAAA